AUGGCAGCCCUACGUAAAACCCAUCCCCUCCUAAAAAUUGCUAACAAUGCUCUAGUUGACCUCCCCGCUCCUUCCAAUAUCUCAGUCUGAUGAAACUUUGGCUCCUUACUCGGCCUCUGCUUAAUUGCCCAAAUUCUCACAGGACUUUUUCUCGCUAUGCACUAUACAUCUGAUAUUGCCACAGCUUUCUCAUCCGUAACACACAUCUGUCGAGAUGUGAAUUACGGCUGACUAAUCCGAAACCUUCACGCCAACGGUGCAUCAAUAUUCUUCAUCUGCAUUUAUAUGCAUAUUGGGCGAGGCCUUUAUUAUGGCUCCUACCUCUAUAAAGAAACAUGAAAUGUAGGUGUAGUCCUCCUACUCCUAGUUAUAAUAACCGCCUUCGUGGGCUAUGUACUCCCCUGAGGACAAAUAUCAUUCUGAGGGGCUACCGUUAUUACCAAUCUCCUCUCUGCCGUCCCAUACGUUGGUAAUACUCUGGUACAAUGAAUUUGAGGCGGAUUCUCAGUAGACAACGCUACUCUUACCCGCUUUUUCACAUUCCACUUUUUAUUACCCUUCGUUAUUGCAGCCGCAACAAUAGUUCACCUCUUGUUCCUACACGAAACUGGCUCAAAUAAUCCCCUAGGCUUAAAUUCAGACAUAGACAAAAUUUCAUUUCACCCUUAUUUCUCAUACAAAGACCUUUUAGGAUUUGCUAUACUCUUAAUCCUGCUAACCUCCCUAGCACUGUUUUCUCCUAAUUUAUUAGGUGACCCAGAUAACUUCACCCCAGCUAAUCCCCUAGUAACACCCCCACACAUCAAACCAGAGUGAUAUUUCCUAUUUGCCUACGCUAUUUUACGCUCAAUUCCAAAUAAACUGGGAGGAGUACUGGCCCUUCUGGCCUCUAUUCUGGUACUUAUGGUGGUCCCUAUCCUCCACACAUCCAAACAACGAAGUCUGACAUUCCGACCGUUUACCCAAUUCUUAUUCUGGUUAUUAAUUGCAAACGUUGCCAUUCUUACAUGAAUUGGAGGCAUACCUGUCGAACACCCUUUCAUUAUCAUCGGUCAAAUUGCAUCCCUCCUGUACUUCUCCUUAUUCCUAAUUGUUAUGCCUGCCACAAGCUGAUUGGAGAACAAAAUCUUAGGAUGAUCCU